CAAAGAUUCAGUCCUAAGUGCAAAGAACAAGAGGUUUGGAGACCGUGAGCUUGCAUAGAAGAGAAAAGGAAAGGUUAGAAAGCUGCUUCAGGUGGCUCGACCUGCCUCGACCCCGGGUCGAGCGAAGCUAUUAGUUGCUUUUUCACGUGAAUCUGCUCACUGCUGCCCUCAUCAAUUGCUGUCCCACUUUGUUCACCCUUUGUCUAUAUAUUGUUGUAGCACUUUAGUGUAUUGGCUAGAGCCAAACUAAGAGCUUGAGCUAUUUAUCCAUAUCGUACUCUCUUAAUUUUCCUUCGGCAUCGUAACAAGCUUUCAAGCUCCUAUAUUCUUUAAACACAUAAUACUACACUAGUCUAGGAUGGUGGAUGUAUCCUUAUUAAUGUAAACCACCUUAAAUCUUGGUGUUAUGUUUAUAUUGCUUUUAUUACUUAAAUCACCUUAAUACUUAAAUAUAAUCACAAUUCAUUAGUGCACCUUCAAGUUAUAGUCAUUAACCUUUCUGCCACCUUUAGGUCCACGCUUCCGCAUUCAUUAGCCUACUUUAACAAUUUGAAUAUAACAUUUUAAUUUAUGAAACUAACAACUACUUAAACCGAUAUUCUAAUUGAACACGUCAUUAAAUUAAAGGACAAAAAAUGGUAGGUAGCAUAUAAGGUAGUAGAAGGUUAAUCACGAUUCACGUGGGGGCAAGGUAGUCUCAUUUGAAAUUUGCUCACCCCAGCUACAUAACUACUCGUACUCCCUGAAAGGAAUGCGUAUGACAAAAUCCCCAAAUAGUAGAGAGUAGAGAGUUAGAAAUGGGUAUGAAAAUGGAGGAGCUUGUUGCAGCAGGGAUGAGUAUGGAGGAAGCUCAUAUUCUUCUUAAGGUUGUUGACGAUGUAGCUUCUAGAUACAAUGGUAGACCAGAAGGUGCGUCUGAGGUUUGGCGAGAAAUUGUGGCAAGGAAGUUGUUGCGACCUGAUCAUCCUCACGCGCUUCAUCAAUUGGUGUAUUACACUCUUUACUCUCAUUGGGAUUCUUCACUCCUUGGCCCUCCCCUUUACUGGUUCCCUUCUCUAUAUGAGUCACGUUUUACAAACGUGGGUCGUUUAAUGGAAGCUCAUGGCCCCAGGCUUUUGGGGAAGUUGUACAAGGAUCCAAUUACUAGCUUUUCCACCUUUCAGAAAUUUUCUGUUGAGAAUCCCGAGAUUUUCUGGUCAUUGGUACUCAAGGAACUUUCAAUUUGGUUUCAUAAAGCACCAAGGUGCAUUCUUGAUGAAACGGACAACCCGAAACAUGGUGGAAGAUGGUUUCCUGGUGCAGUUCUUAAUAUAGCUGAGUGUUGUUUGCUACCUACAAGUCAUCCGAGGAAAAUGGAUAACAGUUUGGCCAUUGUAUGGAAAGAGGAAGGAGUUGAUGAUUUACCUAUCCAUCAAAUGACUCUGAAAGAAUUACGAGAACAAGUAAUGUUGGUUGCCAAUUCUUUGGAUGCUACUUUUGCUAAGGGGGAUAUAAUUGCAAUUGAUAUGCAAAUGACUGUCGAUGCCGUGAUCAUAUACCUGGCAGUUAUUCUGUCUGGUCGUACUGUUGUAACAAUAGCUGAUAGCUUUUCCGCAAAGGAAAUCGCAGCUCGCUUGCGCAUUUCAAUGGCAAAGGGAAUCUUUACUCAGGAUUAUGUCUUAAGAGGAGGUCAAAAACUUCCUUUAUAUAGUCGAGUUCUGGAAGCUGCUCCGUCCUUUGCUAUUGUGGUUCCAGCUACUGGAGAGUCUUUAGAUGUGUCAUUAAGGAAACAAGACAUGUCAUGGAAAGAUUUUCUGGCACGAGGAAGCCAAUGUACUAGGCCUCAUGACUACUCUCCAGUAUAUCAGUCAAGGGAAUCUAUAGUCCACAUUCUGUUCUCAUCUGGGACUACUGGGGAUCCAAAGGCAGUCCCUUGGACUCAACUGUCUCCAAUUCAAACAACAGCUGAUCUAUGGGCACAUUUUGAUGCGCGAGUUGGAGAUGUUGUGUGUUGGCCAACAAGUUUAGGAUGGAUGGUGGGUCCUGUAUUGGUCUUUGGAUGCUUCCUGAGUGGUGCAACUCUCGCUCUUUAUCACGGAUCACCUCUUGGGAGAGGUUUUGGGAAAUUUGUUCAGGAUGCAGGGGUGUCUAUAUUGGGAACUAUACCAAGUCUUGUGAAGACUUGGAAAAAUACACAUUGCAUGGAUGGCCUAAAUUGGACAAACGUGAGAGUAUUUGCUUCGUCUGGAGAAGCGUCCAAUGUGGACGACGACCUUUGGCUUUCAUCAAGGGCGUAUUAUAAACCAGUCCUAGAAUGUUGCGGAGGUACAGAGCUGGCUGGAAGCUAUGUUCAAGGUAGUCUUAUGCAACCACAAGCCUUCGGGGCAUUCAGUACUCCAACAUUGGCCGUAGGAUUUGUGAUCCUUGAUGAUUGUGGCAAUCCUUUUCCAGAAGAGGAGGCAUGUGUAGGUGAAGUAGCUUUGUUCCCUCGGCUUCCAGGAGCAACUGACAGAUUAUUGAAUGCUGAUCAUGAAGAGAUUUAUUUCAAGGGAAUGCCACUAUACAAAGGAAUGCGUCUCAGGAGACAUGGAGAUAUUGUUAAGAGAACCGCUGGAGGUUUUUUCCUGGUACAGGGCAGGGCUGACGAUACUAUGAAUCUUGGAGGUAUCAAGACGAGUUCUGUUGAAAUCGAGAGGGUAUGCAACAAGGUUGAUGACAGUGUCCUGGAGAUAGCUGCGGUUGGUGUCGCUCCCCCACAAGGUGGUCCUGAAAUGCUUGUUGUAUUUGUGAUUCUUAAAAAGGGAGUCAAUACCGAUCCAGAAAAGCUGAGGACACAAUUCUCCAAAGCCAUACAACAAAGCCUGAACCCUUUGUUUAAGGUGAGUCUAGUAAUAAUUCUUCCCGAUUUCCCUCGAACUGUCACAAACAAACUACUGAGGCGUGUAUUGAGAGAUCAGUUAACUCGAGAGUUAUCUGUACGAAGUAAGAUUUAGCAACAACGCCGAGCUUUCUUGGCAAGUUGGAUAUUGGUGAUUUAUCAAGCACUCAAAUGAUGCAGUAGCAAUGCAGCAGCAGAAUAAUGUUCACAUAUUGUAGCAUGUAUAAUAAUAAUAAGAAUAAUAAAACUAUUGUUUGCUAAUAAAUCUUUUUAUUCUAUUAGUGUCAUGAAUGACCAGCAAGUACUUGUGAACUGGCUGGAAUGCUAUCUUGUAAAAACAUUUAAUUUAUAUGCAACUUACAGCAACAAAUAAUUAUUGGAUGAAGUAUAUUUUCUCUU